AUGUUACGACGAGUACGAUUCGUGCCAGCGUUACGAAAUGAAUCUUUCAUGCUUGGAAGAUCUAUUUUAUCAUCUAGUUUUCACACGUCACAAAUUAUUAAUAGAAAAUGUAAUAAGCAACAAAGAAAGUGCGAUCCAAUGCCCGUUGCCGUUAUUUUGUGCGGCUGCGGUUAUCUAGAUGGUACUGAAAUUUCGGAAGCCAUGUCGGCAAUGAUACAUAUCUGCCUGAAAGAUAUGAAGCCACAUUUUUACGCGCCAGACGUAAACAUAUGUGAAACUGUCGAUCAUUUUAUCAAAAAACCGGAUCCAGAUAGUCCAUUCAGAAACGCUCUAGUCGAAGCUGCCAGACUCGCUAGAUCGAAUAUAAAACCGUUAUGCCAAUGCCAAGCUUGUAAACACGAGGCACUCGUUAUCCCCGGAGGAUUUGGUGCUGCAAAGACAUUGAGCAAUUUCGCAGAGAAAGGUGCAGAUUGCACUAUACAUCCCCAUUUGGAACAAAUUAUCGAAGAUUUUUACUACGAGGGCAAACCAAUUGCAUCGAUCUGCAUUUCUAGUGUUCUUGUAGCGAGAGUGCUCAAGGGUGUUAAAAUUACGCUUGGAAAAGAAUCACCAGCGGAAGAGUGGCCGUUUGCCGAUGCUAUUAAGAAAGCUAAAGACAUGGGAGCCAAGAUCGAGCAGAAAAGCGUAAAGGGAAUGACCAAGUGUAAAAAAUACAACGUUUUUAGUACACCAGCUUGGAUGUAUAAACGUGCGACGUAUGCAGAAAUUUAUACUGGAAUCGGAAAACUAAUCGGCACGAUGAAGAAACAUAUGAAUUAA